GGAAGAGGGGGUGCGCAUGCGCAGUGGCGGCGCGGGCUGGCGCGGGGUGAGCGCUCCCGGAGAUUUUGGGGAAUUUUUGGGUGGGGAUUUUUGGGGUGAUUCCGGUGGAUUUGGGGUUCCCCAGCCCCAUGGCGGAACUGCACCUCUUCGGGCAGAUCGAGGGCGGCUCCGGCUUCUCCCAGCGCCGCCUCUUCUGCAAGUGGGGGCUGCAUGCGGGUGCCGCCUGGACGCUGCUGGCCGGGGUGGGGGCGGGGCAGACACAGCUGGAUGACCCCCAGGUGGAUGAUGUGGCUCAUUGGGGACACCCGCUGGACAUGCACCUGGCCACCAGGGGGCUGCAAGGCUGGCCCAAGCUGCUGCUCGAGGUGUGGCACGUGGACCCGUGGGGCCGCGCGGGGCUGGCCGGGUACGGCGUGUGCCACGUGCCCAGCGCGCCCGGCUGUCACCGCGUCACCUGCGUCACCUGGCGACCGCGGGGCACGCGGGGACAGCGGCUGCUGGGGACAGGGGCGCCCCAGCUGAGGGACCCCCAGGGCGCUGUCACCGGGGCGGGGGACAGGUACCGGCUGCGCACAGAGAGCGCGGGGACAGUGUGGCUGCAGCUGGGCGUGGUGACACGGAACAUGGCGCGGUACGGGGUGGCACUGCGGUGACACUGGGGACAUUGGGGACUCUGUGACACUUGGGACACUGGGGACAUGGGGGACAUUGGGGACACUGUGACACUCGGGACACUGGGGACAUUUUGGGGACACUGGGGACAUUUGGGGGAUUGGGGACACUGGAAACAUUGGGAUGGCAUUGUGACACUGGGGACUCUGGGGUGUCACUGUCACACUCGGAGUGGCACUGUCAUAUUGGGGACACCAAAAUGGGGACCUUGGGGACAGUGAAGGACCCCCAGCACAGGGAGGUGACACUUGGGGACAUUUGUGGUCACCCUGGGGACAUUGAAAGUCCCCCAGGACAGGAGGUGACACUUGGGGACACUGGGGGGGACAGGAGGUGACACUGGGGGGGUUUCCCGAGAUUUGGGGGGAGGGGGGUUGGGUGGGGGAGGUGACAACCCUGGUGCCAUCGGUGCCACCUCCCCUGUGUCCCCAAUAAAACGUUUGUCACCGUG